AUGAGAGCUCUCGCAAAACUUCAAGCAAUCGGCAUGAAGUUCUCUGACGAGGAGAAAGCGCAUUUCAAAUUGCAUCCGUAUGUUGCACUUUUUGAGGGAUUGCUCAAUAAGGAGGCAACGGAUACAUCUAUCGAGAUGCUGCGAGCGUUUGUAGGAGAGCGACUAAAGCAUCAAGUAGAUCAAUUGGAAGCCAUUCUACCCGAGUUAAUGGAUAUAAAACUAGUCGAAGAACUGCCGAAAUCACUAGGAAUGGAGCCGGUCUUGUGUCAUGGAGAUUUCUGGGCAACUAAUCUCAUGUGGAAAAAUAGCAAAACUAAUCCUGAAUUGAGAGCAGUGAUCGACUUUCAGAACAUUCAUUUCGGCUGCCCGGCCGUAGACUUCGUGCGAGUCUUUCUGUGCCUGGACCGCAGGGAAAAGUGGGAAUCGCUCCUCGAAAAGUUUUACGAGUAUUUAGAAGAGGACUUGGUCGAUCAGGACAUGCCAUACACUUUGGAUAUGGUACGAUAUUCUUUGCUAAUCAACUUAUUGUGGAUUGAUGGUAGAUGGUUUCAGCUGAAAGCGUCUUAUCGACGCUUCUUCCCUCUUGGAGCUUUUCUUAUGCUACCCAUGUUCGCACCUACAUUUCUAGUUGUUAACAGCAGCACUGAUGUUGAAUUCAAAGCAAGGGUGAGUCUCUGCAGACACAAAUAA